CACUUGUCAAAUUUCUAUCAUGGUCCGUGUACUAUCCUGUGUUUUAGUUCUGUGGAACUAUCGUUUCUUUAUUUAUGUUUUGUGUUUUGCGAAAUACAACCUUCCUUUUCUAAUCCUACAUUCGUAAGAUUCCGUAAUCCAAAAUGGGACGAUACGCUCGUGAACCAGAUAAUGCUGGAAAAUCCUGCAAAGCCCGUGGAUCAAACUUGAGAGUCCACUUCAAAAACACAUGUGAAACAGCAAAUGCAAUCAGGAAAAUGCCCCUGAAAAGGGCAGUGGCCUACUUGAAGAAUGUAGUUGCAAUGAAGGAGUGUAUUCCAUUCAGACGUUUCAAUGGUGGUGUAGGUAGAUGUGCACAAGCCAAACAAUUUGGAACUACCCAAGGACGUUGGCCCAAAAAAUCUGCCGAAUUUUUGCUCCAGCUUUUGAGGAAUGCUGAAAGUAAUGCUGACUUCAGUGGGCUUGAUGUUGAUAGGCUAGUAGUAGAACACAUACAGGUCAACAGGGCUGCAUGUCUGAGGCGUAGAACAUACCGUGCCCACGGUAGAAUCAACCCCUACAUGUCCUCGCCCUGUCACAUUGAGCUUUGGCUGACGGAGGGUGAAUCCACCCCAGAAGCACCAAAGAAGAGUUCCAAAAAGAAAACGGCAGUUGAGAAGACGAAGCGAACCAAGGCUGCGCCAGCAGCUGCCCAUUAAUGUACACAUUAGUUAAUAACUGUCAUGUAAUAUUGCAAGACCAUCUGCAAAUAAAGGAAAGUAUUGGUUUUUGGAUGUUUGGUUUCAUUUUGACAAUAUUUGCAUUGGUAUUUAUCUCCAGGUAAAGAGUGAAGCUGCAUUGUGGUCAUUUGAUAAUAGCUCAAUUUUCAUGUAGACGAAAUUGAGUAAUAUUCAUGUCAACAAUUUCUUUCCAAAAUUUGUACCCUAAAAUGAAUCAGCAGAAACACGGGAGGCCAAAUGUCAUCAAUGUGCAUCAGAGGUCUAAACACAAACAUUCCAUAUCUUCUAUCUUGAAAUGUCUUGUCGCUGGUGCUACCAUCGUAAUCAUGGAAAUAUGAUACCCCCUCUUAUCUACCACUGAAUUAUUUUCGAUGUUUGUACCAGGACUGUUUUUCUCUAAGAAAGUAAUUAUAAUAUAUCG